AUGAGUUCCGCUAAAAGACGCAUUGAAAAAGAUGUAAUGGAGUUAAUGAUGAGUGACCACGACGUGACUCUAAUUGAAGACUCGAUACAGCAGUUUUUCGUGAUAUUCCACGGACCAAAGGAUACGCCUUAUGAAGGUGGGGUUUGGAAGAUACGUGUAGAACUCCCAGAUCAAUAUCCAAUUAAAUCACCUUCAAUUGGCUUCACAAACAAGAUCUAUCAUCCCAAUAUCGACGAAGGGUCGGGUGCUGUUUGUUUGGAUGUUAUCAAUCAAACUUGGUCGCCCAUGUUUGGAUUAUUGAAUAUAUUUGAGAAUUUCCUACCUCAGCUAUUGAGAUAUGCCAAUCCGAGCGACCCAUUAAACACUGAAGCGUCAAAUUUGAUGAGUAAAGACGAAAAAAAAUACCUUGAAACAGUAAGAAAGUAUGUAGAACUAUACGCAACAAAUAUUCAGAGUUUGAACGAUACAGAGGAUGGCAAAGCAGAAGAGGAUGAGGAUGAUGAGUUGAGUGACGUGGGAAGCUUAUCUAGUGAUGACGGUGAAGAAGAAGAAGAAGAAGAAUAA